UCCUCUCCUCUCCUCUCCUCUCCUCUCUGUCCUGUAGUCUCUUAAACUGACUGGAAGACAGGGGAAGAAUUGCCUCUCAUACACUGACUAGCUGAGAGGACAGAGGAAGAAUAUUUUCUGAGAGGACAGGGGAAGAACCGCCUCUCACACAUUGAUUAGUUGAGAGGACAGAGGAAUACUAUUUUCUGAGAGGACAGGGGAAGAAUAUUUUCUGAGAGGACAGAGGGAGAACCGUUUCCUGGCAGCUAGGAAGAUGAGGAGGUUCCAGUCCAUGAGAUGGUUUCGUUUUCCCUGGUUGAGGAGAGAGACCGCACAGACUGAGACCAGCCCACUCAUACCAAAGACAGACACAGAUAGAGAGUUGUCAGGAGUCCUUCAGGGGAGUGAGGACAGCAGCACAGAAGAACAGGCUCCAGAACCAGGACCUAAUGAUGGACCAGAGAACCAGGGUAGAACCAGGGAGGUAGAACCCAGAGCCCAUAGCAGGCCCUUCUCCCUGAGCGACUGCCUUCUCAAGUACCUCCUGUUCUUCAGCAACCUCCUCUUCACGGUGCUAGGCCUGUUGGUCCUGGCCCUGGGUCUGUGGGGCCUCAUCAACAAGGAAUCCUUCGCUCAGGAGAAAGGACAGAUCAGCACUGACCCCAUGCUGGUGUUUGUGAUGCUGGGCUUGGUGCUGUCCACCCUCUGCCUGUCAGGCUGUGUGGGGGCUCUGAGAGAGAACUGCUGCCUGCUCCAGGUCUUCUCAGCCACGGUGCUGGUCCUAGUAGUAGCCUAGGUCCUAGCGGCCAUCUUGGCCUACAGCCUGCAGGGACAGAUAGAGGGAUACCUGAGGUCAGGUAUGCUGGCUGCCAUGGUGCGUUACCAGGAUGACCUGGACCUGAGGUUCAUCACAGAUGAGAUCCAGAUAGGACUGCAGUGCUGCGGGGCCAACAACUACAGAGACUGGGAGGUCAACAUGUGAGUGAGAUGUGACUGACCAGACCACUGACAUGAUGACUUGUGAUGACAUGGUUCAUUGACUGACACACAGCCUUGUGAACUGAUGUCUGUCAAUGGGGGUUGUUAGGGUUUCAUCAUUUUGAUAAUUUUGAUAGUUUGAUAGUUUUGAUAGUUUUAAAAGAUAAUUUAUCUCAGAGAAUAAC